UGUACCACGAAAGUUGAAUGGAAAGAUUGCCACCAAACACGAUCACAGAGAAGGAAAUCCUUCGUUUUCAAGAGGAUGGGGCUCUUUGUUUAAGAGCUGUUUUCAGUCAUAGAUGGAUUGAUCUCUUGCGAAGAGGGAUUGAAUUCAAUAGGCUCCACCCAUCCGAUAUGACAAGACGUAAGGGCCACACGCCUCUCUUCUUUCACGAUUACAGCAACUGGAAAAAUAUUCCUGAAUACGAGGAGUUCAUUCGCCAUUCCCCAGUUGGCGAAAUAACAGGACGAAUUCUUCAGUCUUCGGUAAGGGAGUCGCCAGUUUGCUUUGCAUGACACCGACUUGUUUUAGCGUUGGAAACUGCUAACCACAUCCUUCCGCGGUGCGGUUUUUCCAGACCUCUUUACAAAAAGUAGCAAAGCAAAACCAAAGCAAUCCGGUUUUUUUCUCCACACCUAAUUAAAAGCGUUCUUAACACAUGGUACCCAUCCUCUGUGGCAGGUGUUUGCGCGGAACAUGGGAGAAGAAAAAAUGGAGAUGAGGGUAUGGGGAAGAGAAAUCCUAUCGAGCUUUCCUCUCCCUCCAGAUUUCACCUCUGUAAUUGUACAAAAAAAUAUCCUUAUUCAACACGUGCUCCUGUAAAUUUAAAUGCCACUCUUAACUGCCUGGCGUUUAGUAGUCAUUUGCAAGAGAUGUCACCACAUUUUCAGCUUUAUUGUCAAUUGUUAAUCUCCUUAGGUAGCUGCGCUGUAUUCCAAUCACGUGAUUGUGAAAGACAGCGGAUCAACCAAACAAACUCCAUGGCACCAGGAUCAGGCUUAUUAUGAGAUUGAUGGACAGCAGGCAUGUGUAACCUGUGAUUUAUGGUCGGUUUAUCUGAUCUCGUACCCAGAUCUUACCUUGUAACUUUAACUGAGAUGUACAACCGCUUGGUCUUGAAAGGUCUGGGUACGAGACUACGGUUUAGGAAUAAUUAUGUAAGUUCUGUUUGACUUAUAUAAAUGCGCUAAAACAAUUUUUACAAGGUAAGGAAUAAAAACUUGAUAGAGCACAGUAUUUCGAUUGAGCAUCGUCAAACAAAAACCAAAUUAUUUUAACGGCCGAUCAGACCAAAAUGUCAAAAGGAACCAAUGAGAAACUAAAGUUUAGUUUUGCAUUUGAUUGGUCGAGAGGUUGGCGUGAAUCUUCUUAACCGAUCAAAACAAUGCAAUCCCAAAUGAUCCCGGGUUACUUUUACACGUCACAAUCUCUGCUCUCAUACCGCUGAAGAUUCAGAAUAAUGAUGGUCAUUAUAAAAAAAAUCAAUCAAAUUAUUUGGCAUAGCCUUGGAGGUCGUUAUUUUAUCGUUUUUUGUUCUUAUAAAAAGAUAUUUGCUUACUCAGGUUUGUUCUGUGUGGCUCCCAGUGGACCCAGUCUCCGAACACACCUGUCUUCGUCUUGUGAAAGGUUCUCACAAGUUUCCACAUUACUUUAAACCUGUUCAUUUUGACGGCCCUCCUUUUACGUCCUACGAAACAAAGCCUGGAAAAGAAAAGAGAGCUGAUGAAUUUCUUUCGACACCAGAUGUUGAUGGAAACGACCAAUAUCAAGUCUUGUCCUGGAAUAUGGAGGUGGGUUAGCCCUUAGAAAACCUCCCUCACCCUCCCCCCGCCGUCCGAAUAAAACCUACUGUUGUCAAUCUAACGCUGAUUUUUCGAAGGGUAGAUAGCGAAAUCCAUUGGAUAAAUCACUUAGAAGUUGAUUGUUCAGAUCUCAUUUAUGUUUUAGACCCUAGAAAGAUGCUGAAAUCGCCAAUCCUGCGUCAUGAAUUUUGCCCACGUAAGCAAACAUUGUAGCAUCAUUUAACUCCACAACAUUUACCACAUUUAAUUAACUGCGAAGUUAGUGACUAGAUAGCUUGAGUUUUUUGAAAAAAACUGAAAUAACGGUGCCAAGGAGAUUGGGAAUCUUUAGUGUGAGGCCUCUAAAUUAGAUUUAGUUGACCCAAUGUUCUCUUAGAUUUCAUUAUCACGUAACUGGAAACUUCUUCAGUUCUCGGCGAACCUAUUGCAUUCCCGUGUAUUCCUCUAAGUGUCACAGCACUUUUGUAAUGUGAAUGCUUUUCUCCCGGCUGAAAUAAAAUAUCCAUCAAGCUAAGAAAGGCAGCCGAUGAUGAUCUCUAUAUUUCAUCUAUUAUUUUUUUCUUUAGCCGGGAGACUGCAUUGUUUUCCACAUGAAAACAGUUCACGGUGCGCAUGGCAAUAAUCUAGAGACGCCUCGACGAGCUUUCUCUACACGAUGGCUGGGAGAUGAUGCUGUUAAAGGAGAACGACCUUGGAUAAAUCUACCACCAAGUAACGAGAUCAGAAACUUGAAAAUAGGAGAGAACCUCAUUAAGUCGGGUGCAUUCACUGUUACUUGGACCGUAUAG